AUCACUUAUCAGUAUCGGAACUCACCCGUCCCGCCACAGUACUACGACUCACUCUCGGGUCUCGGCGACGGUUCCAAAAAGUGUAAACCCUAAUCUGCUCGUCCAGUGUUACCUCUAUACCAUUCACCGAUUCUGAAUUCUUACUGCUGGCUUUUAUUUCCGAGUGAAAUAUAUGAUGAAUUCGAAAAAGAUGGACACUGGUUCCAAAGAUUUGAUCAGUAGUCUACCAGAUGCUCUUCUUUGUCAUGUCUUGUCCUUCCUUCCCACAACAGAAGCUGCUUCCACAUCGGUUCUCGCAAAAAGGUGGAGGUAUCUGUUGGCUUUUGUACCUAAUCUUGAUCUUGAUAACACCAUCUAUGACGACCGUCCCAAAAUGGGUAGACGUAAAAGGCUAGAGAUGCGUAAAAGUUUCAAGCUUUUUGUGGAUAGAGUGUUGGCUUUGCAAGGGACAGCUCCUUUAAAAAAGUUCUCUCUCAAGUGUAAAAUUGGUUCUGAUCCGUCUCGUGUCAAUGGUUGGGUACUCAAUGUGUUGGAGCGUGGUGUCCAAGAGCUUGAUCUGUUCAUAGCUUCGGAAUAUGAGUAUCCGUUGCCUCCAAAGGUCUUGAUGAGCAAGACAUUGGUUUCUCUGAAAGUAGCAGGUACAGAUGAGUUCACUAUUGAGGUUGGUGAGGUUUCUCUUCCAAAGCUUAAGACUUUGCAUUUUAGUGAUGUUUCGUUCGGUGAUGAGGGUGGUCCUCCAUUUGCCAAGCUGAUUUCUGGUUGUCACGCUCUUGAGGAGUUAGUUAUGAUUAAAAUGAUGUGGGAUUACUGGGAAUAUUGCUCUGUCUCCAACCCAUCUCUCAAGAGGGUAACGAUUGAUUGCCAGAACAUUGAUGAGAAUCCAAAGAGUGUAUCAUUCAAUACUCCAAAUCUUGUAUAUUUGGAGUUUACUGAUACUGUUGCGGCCAAGUAUCCAGAAGCGAUUUUUGACUCGCUUGUCGAAGCUAGCGUAGGCAUUCGAAUGACAGAUGAUCAGGUCUGGGACGCAAGAGAUUUAGUACAUAGUCAUCGUGGUUAUAAAAGAUGCAAGGGCGCAAAUGCAGCCGGUUUUUUCAAGGGAAUAUGCAAUGUUAAAAUCCUUUACUUAUCAUCCGAGGCUCUUGAGGUUUGCAUUUGA